AUGUCCACUGCCCCACCAACAACCACGACAGCCCCUCAAACAUGGACACGGCCGAACAGCGAGUUCUUCAUCUCAAACAAUCCGUCCCUUCUAUCAGUCAAGGCUGUUAAUGAUGCCUUUGGGCAAGAAUUUCUCUACUGGGGCAAACCUUUUCCCGAAGAAGUUAUGCACCAGAUGCUCCACGGCUCCAUGAGUUUCGGCGUCUACAAGCACACCCAACCCCAGACUGAGGGUGAACCGUUCUCUCCCACUGCAGAAAAUACGGAACAAAUCGGCCUUGCACGGAUGGUGACAGAUGGUACCACGUAUGGAUACCUCUCAGAUGUUUACGUGCUCCCAGAAUAUCAAGGCCAUGGACUCGGGAGAUGGCUUAUGAACUGCAUCUCGGAGGUGUUUUCCACAGAGAACAUGCCAUAUCUACGCCGGAUCAUGCUUUUGACCGGUGACAAGCGAAUGCAGGAUUGGUAUACUAAGAUCUUUGGUAUGGAGGUGAUUGCACACGAGCGUCGGCCGGAUAUUGGGCAGGAUUUGGUCUUUAUGUGUGCUCGGCCGAAUGCAAAGAAGUCUUGA